AUGAAUGUGAAGAAGCAGCUGUGGUCCUUGGCCCGGAUGGUGCUGCCGACUGUGGGGUUUGCCUUGACUUGCGUCGGGGCCUUCCUGGUGUCUCUGGAGAACCAGUAUGAUCAAAAUCUCAAGGUCAUUCCAGCCUAUAUUAUGAUCGUUUUCGGCUUCUUCUCUAUGCUCAUCGGAGUCUUCUGGACAAUUUGCAACAGCAUGAAAAGCAAGGUUUACCAGCGAGGCGGGCAUCAACAGCACAUCCAGGUUUUCACUAUAGAAAGGCCCAGCUCCUUCCCUCCAUCCUAUGAGGAGUCACAGGUCAGUCAGGGUGAUCUAGACUCAUCUCCAGCGUUCAUGGUAGUGGUGGACGGGGUGGACGUGGCCCUGAGCCUGGCUCCUCCGCUGUACUGCCAGGACAGCUCAGAGGUCCCAGACUGCACGUGGAGCUGGGAACGACCUCCCCCUUACAGUCAAGUAGAGCGUGAACCGCAACGACCAGCGGCUGCAGAGGAGCAGAGCGAAGCCACAUCUGCACACUGA